GAUGCAUCAAUGAUGGAGAGCUGGAGGAACUGAAUGAGUGCAGAGUAAUUUACUUGUAAAACGUGCUAAGGGGAAAUCAUAAAACGUUUUGAAGCAAUUUUCAGAGUGUUUAUUUUUACAUUGCGUUUAGAAAUUCUGACCACUUUUAAAAUUUUCUUGAAGUGACGAAGGGUGCAACGUUAACAGUUUACAAUGAUGACCAAACCUUAUGGCAAGCCAGGGGAUGUGACUGAGCUGGUCAGCUCUCUUGGAUGGAUGGAGGAGGACCUCAGCUCACAGGAGGGUGACCGGACACCUGAAAUAGGAGGUCGCUAUGUGCUAAAUAGUAGCAACCGGGGACAGAUGGAACUUGGCAGUGAGGAUAUGGAGGAAGAGGAAGACGAUGAAGAUGAAGAAAUGGGUCUUGAUGGAGAGAAGGCACCCAAGCGGAGAGGUCCUAAAAAGAAGAAAAUGACCAAAGCCAGGCAGGAACGGUUCAUCGUUCGCCGCGUCAAAGCCAAUGCCAGGGAACGUUCACGCAUGCACGGACUGAAUGAUGCAUUGGACAACUUACGGCGCGUCAUGCCUUGUUACUCAAAGACCCAGAAGCUCUCCAAAAUUGAGACUCUGCGGCUGGCCCGCAACUACAUCUGGGCACUGUCUGAGGUUCUGGAGAGCGACCAGUCACCUGAGAGCCACGGUUUUGUGGAGAUGCUAUGCAAGGGGCUUUCACAACCUACCAGCAACUUAGUGGCUGGCUGCCUCCAACUGGGACCUUCAACCGUGAUGCUUAAUAAACUGGAUGAAAAGUGCGGCAUACCAGGAGCAGGUGGUCAGCAGGGCCACCCCAUUAGCUAUCCCUCACCAGGACUGCCCAGCCCACCCUAUGGCUCAUUGGAGGCCUCACACUUGCUACAUCUGAAGGGUUUCAAGGGGAUUGCCUAUGACAACUCCUCACCCAACGAUUGCAGCAGUGGCACACCACCUUAUGAUGGGCCUCUCACGCCACCUCUUAGCAUCAGUGGCAACUUCGCUGUAAAGCAGGAGCCCUCACCGCACGAGACAGAGAGGAACUUUACACCCCACGCCGCCCACUAUCUUUCCGCCCACCCUUACCCACCGUCUUCCUUGGCAGGUCUUCCAGCUCCUCAGGUUCACACGCUCUUCCAAGGUUCCCGUUAUGAGCUUCCUUUAGACAUGGCUUUCGAACCGUUUGCCCCGUCACACAUGGUGACUUCACAGAUAAGCACCGUUUACAGUGAAUGAACAAAUGACCACCAGAGACAUUCAGCAAAUCUGCCUCCUGCUCCUCAGCGUGCCUCCAGGGGCCCAGCACAUUUAAGGAGACACUUUGCAUGUAUCCUGUCUGAUCCAUUAACAGACCAUAGUGAUGACCGAGAGAAACAUACAGUUUCUGAAUCUUAACCUAACUGUGGCAAUUGAAGUACUGAGAAAGAGAUGCAUAUUUUCGUUAAUUUAUUCUUGUUUUGUCAUGAUUAAGUUUGUUACUAUUUUAAUUGUAAUUUGUUUUCUGUAUAAAUGUGAUGUUCUCCCCAAAUAGAAAGUUUUUUGGUCACAUGGCAUAAAACGCAGCAAAUAGACAUAGAUAAACGGAACCUAUAGCGAGAUAUUGGAAGGUUUGAUGAGAAGCGCACGAAGAGUUGUUUUUAGAACCCUGUCCAAGCAUAUGCUGGUUUUGAUAUGUUUUCCCUAAACAAACUACAGAAUGAAAGAAAUAGAAAAUAAAUACAGCACAAUACUAUUGCCGUAACAUUUAUUUAUGACUGUAUUUAAUAUUUAUUUUGAUGACAAUUGUACAUGUUUUAAAGCAAUUUGUCAGCACUAUUUUUUUGUUUUGGUACACUGCCAGUCAUUGCUACCAAUAUCAAAGUAUCUUAUUUAUUUAUUGGUUUUCUUUCUGUUUAAUGUAUUUUUGUCAUUCUCCACAAAAUUUGUAAUUUGGUCAAGCAUUUGUAAAUAUGUACCUGUUUCGCACUUAAUAAAAGGAAUAUUCUUAUACAA